UGCCAGGGAAUAGGAACAGUGCCACAGAGUGCACUACUCUGUAGUCUCUACAUCAGCCAAGUUUACAAUACAAGAAUAGUCUCCGGGAAUUUAAUGCAACCAAACAACUCUCCUUUUCAUUUUGACUCAAAUGCCCUUUUUUUUUUUUUACCUGUUGUCUGUCUGAACUCAAAGCCCAUCUCAAAGCCACUCAUCAUCCUCUAUGAGCUUUGACCACACAUGCAGAAAAAAGGCUACUGCUUUUUUGUUUUUUCGAAAGAAGAUUGUUUCUCUAAGAUUUCUUGCUUUUAUUCAAAUCCAGUUGAAGGGAUUUGUGGCUUGAUGUUGAUUUUCAUAAUCUGAUUCUAAACUAAAGUUUUUCUUUUUCUUUUUUCUGAAAACCCAGAAGAUGGAAUCUUUUAUGUGGGUUAAUUCUAUGAUCUAUCAAAAAUACAGCACGACCAGUUACACGGAAACAAAAGAGUUGAAUGGGUCAGUCUUUCAGAUUUUUUUAUAUGCUUAAUCCUCUGGUUGAGUGAUGACCAUAAUCAUAAAAGGUUAAAUCAAAGGGUUCAGUCACUCUUUAAAAAUGGUUUACAUGCAAAGUAGUUUGUUCAGAAAAAAGGCAAGCAAAACCAACAAACCAACAAAUAACCCUUCUGUAAAUCUGAGCAUUUGAAAACAAAAACAAAAACAAAAGGAUGUUUGAUAAUAAAUGAAAGAGAGUAAAAAAAUUAAAAAAGUUAGAAGGGUUACAGUUUUAUCAGAACCUAAAAGAGCUCCAACUCUGAAUCACUCAUUUUCUAAAUUUCCCAAAUUGAAAAAGGUCAAAAUAUAAGUGGGGGUACUGGGUUCUGAGGUAAAGGAACAGAAAAAGUAAAAGAGUUAGUAGCAGUAAAAGCCCAAACCGUACAAUCUCAUCAGACCAGCAUUGGCUUCAGACACCAACUCUUGUAGACAGUCUCAUAUAUAAUAUUAUUAUAUAUACGAUUUUCUCUUCCUUCUUUUCAAUUAUUAUUUCCUUUAAAGUUAAGUCUCUCCUUUAGUUUAUGGGUUUCCGUAGAGAUGUCAGAGACAAGAGCUGCCACAGAGGCAGCUUAGCUGCAGAAGCAGAAGCAACAGAGAGGUGCAGUCAUAAUAUGAGCAGAGAGACAGAGAGAGAGAGAGAGAGCGAGGAGGUGGCAUGCAGCACUAUAAUCAGAACCAUUAGUUUUAUCCAUGUACAGAAGAUUCUGCAGCUCAAUGGUCCCUGAAAUAAAUAUACCUACUCUACUCCAAAGUCCCUCUCUAGUAAUUAAUCACACAACACCCUUGCUUCUCUAUUUUCCUCUGAACCUGUCUCUCUUUCAGUACUACACAGUGUUUCCAUUCACUGCAUCUCAGUGGCAAGAACUUGAACACCAAGCUCUAAUCUUCAAAUACAUGGUCUCUGGCAUCCCAAUCCCACCUGAUCUUCUCUUCAGCAUCAAAAGAAGCUACUUGGACUCUGCAAUGCCUUCAAAGCUCUUUCCUCACCACCCUCAACAUAGGGUUGUUCCUGUGGGUGCAGUUGGGUGGAACUGUUUCCAGAUGGGUAUGGGAAGGAAGAUAGACCCAGAGCCUGGAAGGUGCAGAAGAACAGAUGGGAAAAAAUGGAGAUGCUCAAAAGAGGCAUUUCCAGAUUCGAAAUACUGUGAGAGGCACAUGCACAGAGGCAAAAACCGUUCAAGAAAGCCUGUGGAAGUUCUGAAAACAACAACAUCAACAUCAUCAACCAACUCAAUGAUAUCAAAUCCAUCAUUAACACCCACCAACAUCUCAUCAAUCACCAAAAACCUCUCUGCAGCAUUAACGCCCACCUCUCGUUCUUCCAUUUCUUCAUUCUCUUCGCUUCCCUCUUACAACUCUCAUCAUAUUGAUCACCCUUUUCUUUAUAAUCAUUCGUCGUCAUCAUCUUCUUCUUCUUCAAGGCAUCCUGGGUUUGGUUUGUCACCUCAGCAUCAUGACACCAGUACAACUUCCCUUCUUUUGGAUUCUGGAUCUUAUUCCCAGACUCAUAAUGCAGAUUACAGCAGAAGAAACAGGUACGCUUAUGGGAUGAAAGAGGAGGUGGAUCAUGAGCAUGUAUUCUUUUCAGAAGAACCAUCGGGAAAUGUGAGACGCUUCUCUGGUGGUUCUUCUUCUUCAUCUUUAGAUGAUCAAUCGUCGUGGAAACUAACACCACUGACAAUGAGUUGUUCUUCUUCGAAACAGAGAAACUGCUCUGGUUUACAGAAUGAGCAAUAUUCUAAUUACUUGCAGCUUCAAAGCCGCCACAAACAAGAUCAUCAUUAUCAGCAGCAGCAGAAUUACUCGUCCUAUGUAUUCAACGGCAACGACACAGAAAUGGAGAGAAAAGAAGAAACCCAAAAUAGAACCAUGCACCGCUUCUUCGAUGAAUGGCCAGUAAAAGACAAAGAUUCAUGGCUUGACUUGGAUGAUAAAUCAUCAAACAGUGGGUCUAUUUCCACAACCAGGCUCUCAAUCUCUAUGCCAACUUCGUCUUCACAUGAAUUCCCCAUCUUCACUUCCAGAACCGGUGAUUGAGCUAAUUAAUUACUAGGUACUGGGUUUCGGAAUCAAAGUCCAAAAAUUUGUACUUACCUGGUGUGACUUUUUUUUUUUUUUUUGUGUGUGUGUGUGUGUGUGUGAGUUAAGGUGUUCUUGUUGGUCUCAUUUCGUUUUUAGUUUGAAUAUUCAGUUUGAAAGUGGAUCAUUUUGUGUUUCAAGGAAAGGAUCCAAGCUAUGCCUUCUUAGGCUUUCUUGGUUGAUGAUCUUCUCUAUUGCAUAAAUAGUCCUGAGAAUGACUUCAGCCAAAAACCAAUUCAUUUAAAACGAAUUUAUUUUCUAAAGCUAA